AUGCCCGACAAGAUGACCAAGCUCAAGAAGUCGAAAAAGCCCAAGGAGAGGGAGCCGGACGAGGCCAAGGCAAGAGGUGAAGAGAAGGAGAAGAAGCAGAAGAAGAGACACUCGCAACAGCCGCCCCCAUCGGCACCGCCGUGGAUCUGGUGGCUGGCGGGGGGUCCCAACCAGAGAAAGAAGAGGUCGAGCCAUAAGUCUAGCAAGGAGAAGAGCAGCAGCAAGAAGCAUUCCACGAAAGAGCGUUCCACGGAUAAGAAGAAGACGACCACGACCACGACGAGGAGGAAGAAGCACAGGGAGGACGAAAGCGAGAACGAGGAUGACGCCGAUGAAAUGAACAGCGCAGCUGGUGAUCUUGGGGUGGACGACGGUGAGAACGAUUACGGAAUGAUGCUGGGCCAAGCUAAACAGAGCAACAAGAACCACACAUGGAUUGAUGAACACCGUUCCAGUGUGGGUAGCGAUCGUACAAACUACCCCAUGCCCGCGCGCGACAGGACCCCAUUACAGUCGUCUGGCGACACCGGCUUUACACGUACUAACGGGGAGAGGGAGCUUGCGACGAGGCAUCAGGGGGGCCAUCCCGAAACAUCUCGUAGGCAAGACGAUUUCCAAUCUCCUACUGUGCAGGACGACGACGAAACAACCAACCGUCAGAACAUUUGCCAGACUAGCCCUACCAGUACCAUCCAUCAGCAGUCUCCUGCUGCUCCAGAGAACGACUUCACAGCGACUAGCCAGGAGAACAGCACGGAUAAUAUCGAUGCAGACCACGGUACCCUGCCUACAAUUCAGGAGGAACCCCCUAAGUCCACUAGCCAUCAAAGCAACACCAAACAUACUGAACAAGAGCAAAACACUGCCACAGCUGGCCGUGAUACCGCCCCAAGCUCGGGUGACGAGUGCGGUGUCACGGACAUGGGGGGAGAUGAACAAGCGUCGAAGGAGUCAGCUAGUCCACAGGCGGGCGAGAAUGAGCCCAAGAUACCAGAAUCUACAGACACGACCUCCAAGAGGGCAGAGCAUCCUCAAGUCAAGGAACAAGUUAUCGAGUCGAAUGACUCACAGGGAAAUCAACAGACGUCACAGGGGUCAGAUGAAUCACGAGUCAAUGAAAAUGAAUCAACAGUCAGGCCACAUCACGGUUCUGACGAGUCAGAAGACGUUGCCAUCCAAAAGCCCUAG